GGGCCUCGGUGUGCACGUGACGUUCGUCAGAUCAACACAGCUGGACACCAACUGGACCUGGCUUCAGCUUCGCAACAUGCAGCUUGGGGGCAACGCCAAUGCUCGGAAGUUUUUCCAGCAGCACAACUGCACGACAACUGACGCCCAGCAAAAGUACCACUCACGCGCCGCUCAGCUCUACCGCGACAAGCUGCACGGCCUGGCCGUCCAGGCCAUGAAGCUAUAUGGCACACAGGUGCACAUCGACACCGGACACCACGAGAGCGCCGAGAAGGCCGCACCAGAGGUCGACUUCUUCGACGAGCAUUCGGCUGCGCCGUUCGACAUCCCGCAGCCGCCUGACAACGAGUACUCGGCCGAGGCGCAGCUCUCAGUGCACGAGCCGGAGCCGGAGCAGGCGGCGCCGACCAAUGGCGCCGUGCAAGUGCCUGGCGCCGGCCCCAACGUGGAGCUGGCGCUCAGCUCUAGUCCGUCGCAGCACCAGCAGAUGCCACGCAAGUCCACCAUUGGCCAGCGACGGCCGGCCGGUGGCAAGCUGGGCGCUAGGAAGCUGGGCGGAGGCCUGGGCGCUCAGAAGGUGAAGAAGGACUUCUCAGAGAUUGAGCGGCAGGCGGAGCAGGUCGAUCUGAUGAAGGUCCAGGCGGCGGAAGCCAAGAAGGAGCAGGAGCAGCAGUCGGCCGCCGACCGGGAGCGUCAGCUGGCCUCUGUGCGCCUGGCCUACCAGGACCUCAGUCUGGAGCAGAAGAAACAGUCUGAUCGCAUGAAAAACGUGGACCCGAAGAAGGCUGAACAGAUGGAGCGGCUGGGCAUGGGCUUCGGCUCAUCCGGCGGGGUCAGCCACUCGGCGUUCAGCGACAUGGAGACGAUCGAGCAGAACGCGCCCGCCUCUGACCCGUUCAGCCGGCGCGGCGCCGAUGCCUUCUCGCGCAAGCCUCGCGACGAGCUGGACGAAUUCGAGGUUGUCGGGUUCACAUCUUCCAAGAACAAGCCGCAGGAGGAGGAGGACGACGACUUUUUCGGCGGCUUCUCGGCCGGCUCCGGCCUGUCGGGCCUGAGCGGCGCCUGGGGCAAGUCUGGCGGCGGCGGCAGCAGCUGGGACCGACCGACGGUGGAGCCGGCGCGCCGGCCAGCGCCCGUCGUCGCCGACACCAGCAGGGGCUCGUGCGGCGACGACGCCCAGAAGAAGUUCGGCAACGCCAAGGCCAUCUCCUCGGCCGCCUACUUCGGCGACGAGCGGCCGUCGUUCGAGGCGCAGCAGAACAUCAACCGGUUUCAGGGCGCGCGCGGCAUCUCAUCGGCCGACUACUUCGGCGAGGCUCAGCCGGCGGCGCGCGGCGGCGGCGGACCCAUGAUGCAGGCCCCCGACUUGGAGGACGUGAAGGAGAGCGUGCGACAGGGUGUCACCAAGGUAGCCGGCAAGCUGGGCACGCUGGCCAACGGUGUCAUGUCGUCAUUGCAGGACCGCUACGGCUACUGAGAACGGACCAGUGGACCGAGCCUUGUCCGUGGCGUUAGGCUAGAACACAAGUGCGACGCUGCCAGAGAUGCGGCGGAGGCCGCCCGGCAUCGCGUUUGUAUCGGCACCCACCUCGAGUUAGUUUAGACACGGCGAGGUGCCGUGCUUCUGCCGGACGGCGACAGAUAUGGCGUGGCGGCGUGCCGAGAGGGCUUGCCGCCUGCGCCGGCCGGUGCGCGCUGCAGUGGUCCGCCAGCCGGGCACCAGCGAGGCUGCGGCGGGCGGCAGCGCCUCCCGACCGGACCGCCUCCUGUGGCUUGCGCUAGGAGUUGCGCGCCAGUGAGGCAGGCGCCUGGCCACGUGCUCUCCCGCCUCGGGCCGACACGUGGACGCACGUGGCGUGGACGGACGCUCGUGCGUGUCUCCUGAUGGCCCCCAGAGGGUCGGGAAGGGUGGGUUGGUCGUGGGCGCGCCCUUGAACCGGUGGUGCCAUCUAUCGGCUGGCCUCGCUUCCACUUCUGGGGGCUAGUUGCCGCCUGUGUGUGUGUGUGUGUGUGUGUGUGUGUCUGACUGCUGUUGUGUUUUGGGGAUCAAACGGACAGGCUAUGAUUCAUGGCCAUGAUGAGGAAGUCCACCGCGUUAUGGGAUCAUGCAUUGAUUGGCGAUGGCACGGCCGUUUGGUAUUGUCUCUUCAGUUGGUUUGCAUGUAUGAUUCUCCCUUGCGGCUGCGUAUAUAUUGUCUGAACUUGUUUUAAUCACGUGAGUCGUUUGACGUUUGCAAAUAGCGAGCCUCCCUUCAAUUUCCUUAGCCACGCUUUGCUUUUACGGAGAAGUAGUGUAAGUGGUGGGGGGUUAUGUCGGUCGGUGAUCAUAUCGGGGAAAGCUUGAUGCAAUGUAGUGCUAAAAUGCUGUAAUCCUGUGUUCUCUGUUGGAAAUUGCAUAAUGUUGGGAUUAAAAAUAAAUUAUGAUCUUA